CAAAGACAGACGCCGAUGAAGCGGCCCCCAGCGGCGCCGAAGCGACGAAAUCACGACGAAGUGAACUCUUUGGACGAAGGAAAUGUCGCGGAAUUACUUCAUGAAGACGUGUUCGAGAAAGAAACCCCAAAGGAUGAAGAGGAAUGCGAAAUGCUCACACGAGAGGACCUCGAGGCGAUGAUUGACAUCGAAGAGGCGAGAUCUCGGGCUUCUUCCAUUGGAAAUGGGCGGGUCCGUCGUACUCGGUCACGUAGUGCCGGUCAAUUGCUGCUCCCACGGCGUUCUCAUAGCCUGUACACACGAAGUUCUAGUGCUGCAGGUGAUGUCUCCGCAAUGCGGACCCUGUCCAGCGACUCAGCCGUAAAAAAAGCAUCGAAAUCAACUCCUCCAACUCCGCUACCACCAAGGAAAGAACGAUCCUUGGGCAGGAAAGGUGUCCGAAAGAUGUCGAGUCGAUGGGACGACGUGCGCACCCAAGUGAAGUGCAGCAAAGUCAAUCGUCGAGAUCCCCUGAACACGAACGACGACGACGAAAAGUCCCCGGGAGCUACUUCACCGCCGUCCUCAUCUAAGUCCAUGGCAGAUGUUGCGAAACAAGUAAUUUACUCGAAGCGUGCAUCCACCCACAUGAAACUCAACGUCAACGGGACGUCCAACCACGCCGCGAUCAAUGGUCUGUUUCUCGAGAAGAAGAAGCUGGAUUUACGCAUCUUGAGCGCUCAGUUCAAGGAGGUCAAGCGCUCUGAAUUUUACGAAGAGCUCGUCGUAUACUGCAUGUUCUUGACGCUGUUUUUCCAGCUCUUGUCCGGCCUGCCGUUCCACGGAUCGUUCCAACAAAGCGACGUCACGGUCGACUUGACGUGUUCUGUGCCGGACGCGUGCUCGAUUCAAUCUCCGCAGGAUAUAUACACGUUUGCCGCGCAUUUGAAAGGCCGCAUCUGCGUUUCAGGUCAUCAUGCACCACCACACGAUACGCCAACCCAUCCCAAGGCCCCAUCAUUUCAGCCGUGGACUCGCGUGGGCGGGCUGCUCAUGCGCCAGAUUCGCGUGAAGCCCGAACCGUGUCAGUUUUCGUUCAUGUUUGGUGAACCUACCACGUGUUUUCCUGCUCUUACGAGCGACAACGAAGACACUUCGCCGAUUGUUGGCAAAACCCGCAAUUACACGUGGUCUGAUGACCUGGCGCCGUGGAUUCCCGGCCACAACUCGUGGUACGCAAGCCAGACACAGAGUUUUGGCUCUGGUGGAUAUGUCCUGGACUUGUGCAGCCACCAAGUCGACGACAUUGACGACCUCAUGUCCGAUUCAUGGAUGGAUGUGGCCACGCGUGCUGUAUCGCUCGAGUUUGUCGUGGUGAAUCCAUCCACGCACGUAUUCACGGUGGCGUCGCAUGAAUUUCUGAUCAACCCGUCAGGCCACAUGAAGCACUUUAGCCAAAGCGCGAAUCUCCGAGUAAUGGGCGUCGAAGGGUCAUCUGCUACGUCGAAAUGGUGGGCCCUCGACGUUCGUGUAUACCUGUGGCUCGGCGUGUGCGCGUUUGUUGUGACGUACAUUCGAAGUGAAAUGGCCGAAGUCAACAAAAUGGGUCUGACGUCGUACUUGACACUCCACGGGUGGAACUUGUUUGAACUCGCGCAUCUCUUUCUGCUCGUGAGCACUCUGUUUUACACGUACGUGUACUACACUCAGUCAGGACACACGGUACGGGUGAUGGUGGCCGUACCGCACGACGCCAACGCAAUCCACAGCCAGCUACUUCACCUUCUCGACACGUUUCUCCAGCUGAGCGACUUUGCCGCGCUUUCGUCGGCCUUUUCGCUGUUCAAGAUAUUCAAGUUUUUACGCAUGAACUCGACGCUGAACCUGCUGUGGCAAGUACUCGGUAUGGCGCUCAAGGACUUGAUGGGGUACAUGGUGAUCUUUUUGCUGAUUUUCCUGUCGUACUCGACGAUGGGCAGUUUUGCCUUUGGCUUUGACCUUCAAGAGUUUUCUUCCGUCUCAACAUCGUUCGCGACGUGCUUCCACAUGCUUGCUGGCGAUCUGUCGUACGACCGCCUACAGCAAGCGAACCCACGUCUGGCACCCGUGUUCUUCGUCACGUUCGUAGUGCUCGUGCUUCAAGUGAUGGUCAACAUGUUUGUCGCGAUCCUGUCCGAGUUUUACGAGAGUGCAAAGGACGUCGGGAACGACGAAGACGAUGUCGAAUACGAUAUCAUCACCCGGUUGCGCGAGUUCCUUAGUGCGUGCUCGCCGACCGUCGACCUGACCAACUCAGGCACUAUCCACCUGCGACCAAACCAAACUGUCCGCCUUAUUUCGACCAACUUGGUCGACAAGGAACUCACGAGAAACCGCGCCAAGAAACUGUUCCGCGGUGUCGUGUGGCGCAUCAUUGCGCUCCUCCGCUUCGGCAUGAAGUUUGACCAGAAGCUCGUGUUUGUCAAGACCAACACGCGCACGCAUGACGUGGACCCCCAUCGCACGCGGUACAUUCCGCUUUCGGAGAACUUUGAUCACAACACGAUCAAGACGAUGCUGCCGAAAGGCAUUAUGAUCCGCCUCGAAGGCGAUGCCAUCUUGGGCCAACAGACGCUUCUUCGGGUUGUCAGCCAUGGCGGGCUGAGCGUCGAGUGCGUCGUGCUGCCCAGUGAGCACAACGAAGAGGUGAUGGAGUUGGUUGGUGGCGAGAAGCUCAAACUGCCGUGGCAACUGUUUCUGUUCCAUGUCGUCAAGGUGACAUUCCGCGAACUCCGCCACGGCAUCCUUCGUGCAACAAAGUGGUGGGACCCGUACGAGUCCAAGAUUGUCGACGACUACCAUCUGUACCAACUGCUCACGGACGAGCGGAAGCGUGGAAAGUCGACGCUGCGCUUUGAUGAGUUAAAUCGCUUGCUGGAUUUGUACUUUCGAAAGGAGAAACGCAGUCGAGAAUACAGCCAAGAGGAAGUCCGUCAUGAAGCAGCGCUGGUCAUGUACCGCUUCCGGAACUCGUUGAUCGACAUGCCGUCGCGCGAGAAAGAAGGCCAUGAUUACGUGCCAAACCCUGUGGACACGAGCAGCGUCGAGUUGAGCGCAAGCUUGUUGGCGUUGGGUGAUCUGCUGGCGGAAAACUGCCACGACAUAUGGGCCAUCGAGCGCAUCGAGCAAGGAUGGAAGUGGGGUCCGCGUCGCGACGACAAGCUCAAGCACCAUCCCAACUUGAUUCCGUACAAGGAAAUGACAAAGGAGGAACAGAUCUUUGACUUUCGCACGUCCAUGGAGACAAUAAAGACGAUUGUCGCGAUGAAGUACAAUGUCGCGCGUGGCCGCCGCGGAGCUGACGGCAUCUUGCGCACGUUGACGCAUUCCAACAGUGCGACAUCCGACAAGGGUGGGCACAGUCCGAAGGCUGCUGUGUCGAUGGGCCGGUCGUUUUCGUUUCGCGAUGUGUCGCAUUCGAUUCCGUACGGUCGCUCGGGGCAGAUAUACACGCCACAACCCGUGGACACGUCCGCGGUGAUUUUCCCCGCAAGUUUGCGUCGUUUAAUGGAUCUGCUGGCUGAAAACGCGCACGAAGUGUGGUCUAAGGGCCGCAUGGACGAAGGGUGGACUUACGGCCAAGUGCGCGACGACAAGUCUAAGAAGCACCCAUGCUUGGUGCCGUACGUGUUUCUCACCGAGGCGGAAAAGGACUUUGACGUGAAAACCGCUGAAGCGACGCUCAAGAUGCUGUAUGCGUUGGGGUACUUGAUCGUCGACUCGAAUGGCCACAGCUUGGUCUAAGCAGCCAAUAACUUAAUGCGGUCACACUCUGGAC